GUGUAGUCUGGCUAAAGACCUGGGUUUGAGUUUGAGGUCUGAGUUUUGGGGCUUAUCUGGGGCUUAUAGAAAAUACGAUUAGUUGGUCGGCAGCAUUGAAUACGACACGACGUGCCACAAAAACAGAAAAUUUUUGCGGAAGUGGAACUGGGGGCAAUUUCCGGUAAUUUGCAAGCGGUGUGACCUUUCAACCAGUUAACCUCUCAUCGUCUAAGCUCGUGACAAACAGAUGGCUGAGCUGCUAGUGCAAUUGUUCUUCGUGUUGUGGUUAGUUGGAAGUUGUUACAGCGUAUCAAUUGUGGAGCAGGAUGUUUUGCGCUUUGGCCAGGAGCUCGAGCACCUCCUGAAUACUACAUAUUCGCCUUGCCAGGAUUUCUAUGGAUAUGUGUGCGGACGCAUAUCGAACCAAACAUUACGGCAUCAACAGGAAAAACAGCGUUUUCAGCAGUUACUGCGGUCGAGCAAUCCUGGCCAGCUGCUGGCCAUGGAGCAAAAGCUGCUCAACUUUUACAAGUCCUGCCAGAGCAGUCGCAACCUGGACUCGCUCAUGUCCACACAGCUGUACAAGAGCAGCGGUGGCUGGCCCGCUCUUGAAUCCAGCAACAAUAAUCAGACCGGGCUCGGCUGGUUGGGAUUACUUAGCCAGUUCCACGAAAUGGGAACCCCGUACUUCUUCGAGACCCGCAUCAGCAUGCAGUCGAAUAAGCGGCUGGUCACACUGCAGCCAGAUGUAACCAGGCGCCACACGUUACGCAAAUUCGAGCAACGUGUGGGUGAAUUGCUCCAGAGCUUUGGCGUCGAGCAGAGUCGCGCCCAUGUCGCUUCGCUGGAGGUCCUCAGCCUGGAACGCAAUCGCCGCGAUAUUAUUAAGACGGAGCGCAUCGACGAUCAGGUGCAGUUCAGCUAUGCAAAUUUCAAGCGCAGCUCAUUCGGCAACUUUUCGAUGGCUCGCCUCGAUUGGGAUGCCUAUUUCCGGAAGCUGCUUGGUGGCAAGACGUUAAAAUCCACGGACGCUAUUGUUGUGAAGCAGUUGCCACGCCUUGUAGACUACAUGCAGCUACUGCAGAAUACGAGCAUUCAUCGACUGCUCAAUUGGAUUUGGAUUGAUUAUUUGAUAGACAUUUCCGCCGCCGACUGCCAGCAGUUGGUGGAGAUAUAUGCCGGCGACGUCUAUGCGCAUUUGCUGCAGCGCUUGAGCACAGAUCGCGUGCAGCUGACGCAGAUGUAUGCGGGCAUUGGCAGAGCCUACAAGGAGCAGCUGGUAGGCAGUGUGUGGAUAGACGAGAUUUCCGAACAGUCGUCGAAGCGUUUUCUGAGCCAAGUGAUGCAUAUAAUGCUCAAUGGAGAUGAGUAUUUGGAUGCUGCCUACCAAGAUCUACAGCUUGGUCGUCGAAACUUCUAUAGGAACAUGGAGAAACUGCGACGCUUCCAGCAUAAGCGGCCACCGCCUACGCUAGCCGCAUUGCAACUGCGCCAAUAUGCGCAAAGCUUCGAGACAAUUUAUGAACUGUUGCCAAGACAGCAACCGCAGAACCUGACAGCUCCACUGAGUUAUGUGCUGCUAGCGGAACGCUUUGCGAAUCAUCUGGUGGCCGCUGGCAGCAGCAGCCGAACACCCGGCGCUUGGCGCAGCAUCGACUCAGACCGACAAUUCAUCCAGUUUGUGAAUUGCAGCAAGACGGCGACCAACACAAAUGCCCACGAGCUGCUUCUAAACAUGUUGGCUCAGCGUUUGGCGGGCAGCAGCUACAGAGAGUGGCUGGGCCAGCAGGCCACUGUGAACAGAGUGAAUGCGCUGCUGACCGCAGGUAAGCUGCAGCUGACGCUGCAGCGUCUUUACUUCAUUGGCAGUCUGCUGAUGGAGUGCCGAGAAGGACAGCAGGAGCACAAGAGCCAGCUGCAGCACAAGCUCUUGCGUAACACUCCCGAAUUCAGCGAGGCAUUUGGCUGUCGCCACGGCGAUGCACUUUAUGUACAGCAACAGCGUUGCCAGCUCGCCGAACAUCUUUAGUGCAUAAUAAAAGUGAAUCGAAGCAGGCAAA